AUGGCAACUCCUGCGAGAAAGAGACUAAUGUGGGAUUUCAAGAGACUGCAGAAAGAUCCUCCCGUGGGGAUAAGUGGAGCUCCUCAAGAUAACAACAUCAUGCACUGGAAUGCUGUCAUCUUUGGACCUGAUGACAGUCCAUGGGAGGGAGGUACUUUCAAGUUAACUCUUCAGUUCACCGAGGAUUAUCCAAACAAACCCCCAGUAGUCCGGUUUGUUUCCAAGAUGUUUCAUCCAAACAUUUAUGCUGAUGGAAGCAUUUGCUUGGAUAUCUUACAAAACCAAUGGAGCCCCAUCUACGACGUUUCUGCAAUACUCACAUCCAUUCAGUCUCUGCUUUGUGACCCAAACCCUAAUUCACCAGCAAACUCGGAGGCUGCAAGGUUGUUCAGUGAGAAUAAACGAGAAUAUAACAGGAAAGUCAGGGAGAUCGUGGAGCAGAGCUAUGUGUAA